AUUUCAGCGGGACACCAGCUGGAGGCUGCGCUCUGUUAGCUUCCUGGUUCCGUUAAAUCUGGCGAUGGGGACCGAACCGAACCGGUUAAACGGGUCUGGUCGAGACCCGUGGCGUCUCACGAAGGCCCGGGUGGCCGUGGCGAUGGCCGUCAUCAGAAGCAGACCCCCUGGGGUGAGCGUCCGACAGCACGGCGAGGCUUUGGGUCGCACGCUGAGGCGGCAGGACGGCGCGUGGCGGGAACGGGUCCAGGCGCUGCAGCAGGAAGUGCUGAGGCUGCGGACGGAGCUGCUGGUCUCCAGGGCGACGGCGGGCGACACCUUGAGACGAAGCAUCAUGGAGGAUCUGUCUCAGGAUCUAUUUGGUCCAGGAAGCCCAGGUCUCAGUGCCGACCCUCCCCCAGACUCAGAGACUCCUGACCUCCUGCUGCAGGGGCCUCCUGCUCCUCCUGCUCCUCCUGCUCCUCCUGCUCCUCCUGCUCCUCCUGCUCCUCCUGCCUCCAGAGUCCAGAGCGAUCCCUGGAGCGACGCGCUGCUUCCUCACAUGCGUUUCCUGCAGUCUCUGUGUUCCCUGCAGCGCCUCGACGGCAGCAGCGCGGCUCUGGCCCCAGAGGGCCACGGCGGCUCGGCGGCAUCAGAAACCGUCUUCCUGCUCCUGGACGGCGUGGUGGCGGCCUGCAGGGCGCCCCCGUCGCCGGGGCUCCCCGACUUCCUGCCCCAGGCCUGCCGGGCGGCGUCCCGGGCCUCGGACCUCCUGUGCUCCGGGCGGCCGUCCGCGGACCUGCGGAGACGCGUGGAGGAGGCGCUGAGGGAGCUGACCCAGACGCUGCUGCGCAGCCAGCGGCCCGGCAGGGCUGCAGAGGAGCUGAAGGAGUCCCUGGUUGCUUUGGGGAGCUGCAGCGUAUCAAAGUCCUUCCUGGUGUGUCUCAUCCUGUCGGAGAUCGGCUCUCUGGCUGAGCAGCUCUGGCAGACAUCCCAGGUGCAGGAGAGCUCGGCGCUCCGGACCUUUCCCCUGGACCGGUACCAGAACUCCUGCCUGCUGUGGGUUCUGGAGAGGCUCCUCCCGGGUCCGGACCCGGCCCUGCGGAUGCCGGAGCUGGAGGCGGCACAGAGGGCCUUCCUGCAUCGCUUGGAGCUCCACGUCUUCUUGCUGUGGGACGAGUUUCCUCUGUUCUCCGUCUUGAUGUGGCGCGUCGGGAAGCUGCUGUUUUAGAAAACGGAUUAAAUUGACGAAUCCGCUUCCAGUUUCCGUUCAUCCUGUGAUCAAAGGUGGAGACGGUUGGAUAGAAAACCCUGAAUCUAAGAGGAAGCUGCUGAUGGUGUCCCGGGGAUCGGCUUUCCUCCGCAGCGUCUGCAGCUUCUUGCUGACGUUGCUAAGCGACCGCAUUGUCUGAGCUGGGAUGCAGGUGGUUGGCAUGGCAACCAGAACCACAACAGAGCGAGGAAACGGAGGAUGAGGUUCUGUGAUCUGGACCAACCGCCAUUCUGGUCUGAUGUUGGGUCUUUGCCAAAUGUUCUCUGUUCUGGUCGCGUUACCAGAACCAGAACCGCACUGGAAUCAAACCCACAACCUCCUCCUGGGAGGUUUAAUAAUCUGUGCUGUCAGACAUGCUGGAGAUUCUUUUGUUCAGGUUUUAUAGUUUCCUUUAUUUGAUAGUGAAAUAACGAGGAGACCUGGGGCAAGGUCAGCAGGCCGGGAAUCCAACCUACCAAGGCCGUGUUGGGAUCCAAAGCCUCCAUGUGGGCUGUGGCUAACCGCUGCUCCACCACAGCAGCCCAAACUGGAGAUCCCUGAGAGAUCCGGUCCGGUCCGAUCUCGGAACCCUUUCCUGCAGUUUCAUUCAGCUGCUCAACUGCAACUGAUGCUAACAGCUGCAGUCUCACCUCACUGGUCCCAUCAGCACCAACUGGUUCCAUCGGCCCAGGCCUGCUGGUUGUCAUGGUCACGGAGCGAUUAGCAUCGCCGCGUUGCGGCUGCAUCUCCUGAUCUUUCAUAUCCUGUGGAACUGGGCCGGGCCGGCGAACAGAACCCGGCCCUCCUACGUGAGCUGCUCUCUGAUGGGUCUCAUCUGGACCGACUGCUGAUGUGGUCAAACCGUCCAUGCUAAACAUCAGUAGUUAGCAUAGCUAGCAAAGCUUUUCGUCCCACCAGAAAACGAUUCCUGGUUUUGUUUUGUUACAGUAAAAUAGUUUUAUAUUGAGCCCUUCUGGUCAGAACUGUACAGAACCACCGUGUCUGUUUAUGGGCCAUCAGUGUCUGUUGAGCUGUAAGGCAGCCAUCUGUUGAAUGAAUUCACUUCACCGAACGAUGUUACGUUUUAACAAAUGCAGAGAAAACCUCAACAGUGUCAGAGAGGAAGAGGAGCAGCUGCAGCGCCUCCUGCAGAGCAGCUACUAUUAUUUAUGGAGGAUAGAAAGUUUUUAACCCAGAGAUUUUGUAUUUGUUUUCUUGGUUGAAUGAAAAAUAAUUGCAGUCUUAAAUCUCUUGGGCAUGAAUAAUUCUGGGUCUGUACAUUUAAACCUUCAACUGUUCAGAGCAGAUUUGAUCUUAAAAAGUUUCACUUUAGGACUAGAACUGGAAUAAAAAAAACAAUUUUAAUGAAAAAGAAAAAUGUAA